AUGAUUGGCGCAGGCGGUGGUCUUGGCUCGUUCCUGCUCUUUGCAGCGUUCGCUCUCCUGCUCGUCUCCACCAUCUCCUCCCCCGUGUUCCGCCAGAUAUCAUUCCUCGACAUCUACCGCGCCGGCACCAAGACCACCUUUGGUGUCUUUGGCUACUGCAUAGACGCCACAUGUACCCCACGACAGCUCGGCUACGACGUCUCAGGUGUGGCAUCCUCCUUGGGCGGCAACAACUUUGCCAAUGAGAACCUUGUCCGCCUGACCAAGGCUUUGGUCCUGCACCCUAUCGCGACUGGCCUGGCCUUCAUUGCCUUCCUCAUCGCCCUCUUCUCUGACCGCCUCGGCUACCUCUUCUCCUCCUUCGUCGCCCUCCUCGCGUUCCUCGUCUCCCUCGUCGCAAUGGCGAUCGACUUUGCCAUCUUCACCAUCGUCCGCAACCAGGUCAACAACAACUCCAACCUUGGCAACAUCUCGGCCAACUUUGGCAAUGCCAUCUGGCUUACCGUUGCCACAACGGUCAUCCUCUUCUUCUCCACCUUCGUCGUGUGCUUCAGUUGCUGCACUGCUAGGCGGAAGGAGAGGUACGCGGGGAAUGCCAACAGGUACUAG